AUGGAGGAGGUCGAACUCAGCCUCGGGCUGUCGCUCGGCGGCCGGUUCGGGCUAGACAGAAAGGGGGACAAGCUCCCCCGGUCGUCAUCCGUGGCGGCCAUGCUGACGCCGCCGGUGGAGGUGCCGGCGCCGCGCGCGCUCCCGCGGACGAGCUCGCUGCCGGUCCUGGCCGAGGCGUCGGAGGUUGGGAGGCAGCAGGGGCAGGCUGGAUGGGGUUCUUGCCUUGAUGGCGGGGGUCUCGGCGUGGAACACGCGGCGAGGCUGCCGGCGAGCGGGAGCCCUUCCUCUGCCUCUUCGGGAGGUGAUGGGCAGAGAUUGCAAGGCACACUCAUGAGGACUAGUUCACUCCCUGCUGUCAUUGAGGCUGCUGGCAAUGAUGAAUGGAAGAAACGUAAGGAAGCACAGAGUCUGAAGAGACUCGAGGUUAAGAAGAAAAGGAUUGUGAGGAGGAACUCUCUCACUUGCAACACUUCAAAAGAAGCGGCUGGGCAGAUUCCAGAAGAGAUGAAUGCACACGCUGACAAAUUAGUAAGUUCUGAUGAAGCUGUUGUGACGAAUAACGAAAAUCAUAGCAGUGGCAAGCAUCUGGUGAAGGGGCUUCCCCAAAGUACCAGGCUACAAUUGCAUCGCAAGAUAGUUUGUCAGCAGUGGGAAAGAAGCCAAACUCAGCCUUCAAAGCUUUUGAGAGCAUUGCCACACAUGGACAUCUGGACCUUACAAUGCAUUGAUAUCAGGAUAUGCAAACAGCUGCGUAAUGUGCUCGACAUUUGCCUUGGCACUGUAGUGAUACACAGUGCUGUAAAUUAG